AUGGCUACCAUAUUGAAAUCUGCAAGAUCUAUUGUCCCUUUGAUGGAUCGUGUUCUAGUGCAAAGAGUCAAGGCUGAAGCCAAGACUGCCUCCGGUAUCCUAUUACCUGAAAAGAAUGUCGAAAAAUUAAACCAAGCAAAGGUGCUAGCCGUUGGUCCAGGUUUUACUGACGCAAAUGGUAACAAGGUGGUUCCACAAGUCAAGAUUGGUGAUCAAGUCUUGAUCCCACAAUAUGGUGGAUCCGCUAUCAAAUUAAGUGGUGACGAUGAAGUCGUGUUGUUUAGAGACUCUGAGAUUUUAGCUAAGAUCAAUGAUGCUUAG